AUGGCGCCAGGUACUCUACUGCCUGAGCCGGGCUUCACCAUUGAGAAGUUCGAGAAGGGUCCAAAGGAGGAAUACAAUUUCGGUGCUAUAAUCACAGGCUUAGACCUUAACGAUGUCUCCGAUGCGGAUAUCAAGCAUUUACGAGACGCAAUCUGGACGCACAAAGCAGUCGUGGUGAAGGGCCAGAAAGACUUGGACCCGAAGCGACACUGGGAGCUCGUCACACGUUUCGACCCGGAAGCACAGCAGGUCCAUUCUCAUGGCGACAUCAAAACGUUCCAAAGCAAGGGAGGAAUGCUCUCUAAACAACGCCAAGUCCACGGCAUUCCCGGCGCAGAAAACGUUCGUCUCAUUGGCAAAGGUCCUCAAGGCCCGGAUCACUACGGCCUGAAAGACCUCAACAUCAAAGGUCUCUCCCACGACUGGCACGCCAAGCCACUGCCGAAUGAGGACUUCGAGCAGGGCUUUACGAGGUUCCAGCGCUGGCAUAUAGAUGCUCCGCUCUACGAUCGCGACCCCGCAUGGUUUACGACGCUGAGAUGUUUGAAGCAGCCGAAAGGAGAGGAUGUUACGAUUAGGUGGGAUGAUGGGAGUGGACAUUCUAUGAAGAGCCCACCCGGGAGAACAGCCUUUUGGAGUUCCAGCCAGUUGUAUAGCUUGCUGUCUCCUGACGAACAGAAGAUGGCUGACCAUUCUUGGGUGGAGUAUUGGCCACAUCCGUACAUGGCGAUCGAGAACUGCAAGGGGAAUCCAAAUGGCCUUGGUCUCGAGAAUCAGGGCAAAGAGCAUACCAUUGACGAGAUUGGAGACUUCGACGAAAGCAAAGUGAAGAAGUACCCCUUCGUCUGGGUGAGCCCCGUCACCGGCGAGAAAGCCUUCCAAGUCCACAGCAUUUGCGCCAGAAAGCUAUAUCUCCGCAGCGGACCAGACGAAACCCCUAAAGUGAUAGACGACCUGACCGAAAUCCGCCAGUUCCUGGCAGAUAUCCAGCUGAGGAUCAUGAAACCUCAGUACAUCUUUCUGCCGCCGGUCGACGAAGGUGAUGUGUUAAUGUGGGACAAUUAUGGCUUGUUUCAUUCGGCGGUCGAUUAUCCGCUGGAGAAGUAUGGGCCAAGGACGAUGCAUCAGGCGAAUAUUGGAGCUAGCCGGGGGCCUGUUGGGCCUGUUCCUGUUCCUGUUGCUUGA